CAUCACCAUACAUUUCGACCUGUGUGAAUCUCAUUCUCAAACGAUAUUCCCGCCGAUCAACUCAUCAUGACUGUCACAACAGAAGCCGAAUUCACAACAAGUGAUGGCACGAAACUGUACAUGAAAUCCUGGAAGCCUGAGUCGAAUUCGUCCUCAGCAGUGCUCAUCUUCCUCCACGGCUUCUCAGACCAUAUCAACGCUUACUACGAUUUGUUUCCCACCUUGAGUUCUCCACCAUUCAACGUCGCCGUUUACGGCUUUGACCAACGAGGCUGGGGUCGAUCAGUGCGCAAAGCAAGCGAAAAUGGUCUGACUGGGCCGACCUCACUCGUUCUCUCGGAUAUUCAUGACUUCGUCCUGCAUGUUGCUGGUCUCGCCGAGACGCGCGGCCGACCAAUCUUCAUCAUGGGCCACAGUAUGGGCGGCAACGAGGUCCUUUGCUACAUGCUCUCUGCAUCGUCGGCAUACUCGAAUCGUCCUCUAAUCUCCGGUAUUCUAUUGCAAGCGCCCUACAUUGAGCUCGACCCGGCCGAACAGCCUCACGCAUUCACAGUGGCUGCUGGAAAGCUAGCCGCUCUGGUACUUCCGCAUAUGCAAAUGAAGCAGAAGCUCCACGCAACUUACAUGUCUCGGUCGGCCAAGGUCCGGCAAGACUGGAUUGACGACCCUCUGUGCCACGAUACCGGUACACUCGAAGGCCUCAAAGGAUUGUUGCAGAGAGCUGGAGACUUAACCGCCCUCUCCCAUGGUCACAAAACUCAUGACCUGACGACGAGAGUACCCUGCCCACUCUGGGUUUCACAUGGCACCGCUGACAAGGUCGUCUCACCUGAUGCCGCAAAACGACUCUUCGAAGUACUUGAAGCUCCUGGCGGUGACAAAACUUUCCACUCGUAUCCCGAUGCUUACCACAAACUUCAUGCUGAGCCCGAGGGGGUAGGUGAGCAGUUUGCGGAGGAUGUGGGAGAAUGGAUUCUUGCUCAUGCCAACAAGCCGGCAUCAGGGACAGUGGUCAGUGCUUGAUUCCCGGAGAAGGUGUUGCAGUUUGGCUCAUUGCUGGUUAGAAGCCUAAAUUGUGAAUUCGUUAAAGCUCGCCCAGUCACGAAAGUGACACUGGCCUUCAGAGGUCCAUACCGACCAUCCUUCUAAUCGACUUGCCUGGCAAUCGCUAGCCUCAAGGUCUGGCGGCAUUUUGGACGCAGGCCGCACGUCUCGGGAUCAGACGGCAUUCUUCCCGCUAUACAGUCAUUGCCUCCUAAACGGACAAGUGGGCCGCAUUCCAGAACGGGCUCAGUGUAAGCGGCUAGCCUCAUGCUAUGCAUAGAGGUACUAGCGCGGCAUCGACAGUCGGAACAGACAUCUAGGCAUAUGUGUAUGAUUUUUUGAACAGCAGCGAUGCCAUAGUGACUGGCUAUUACGAUCCGCUCCCCGCAGCGUGGUCUCGUCACUGCCAUAGCAUGCGACGGGGUGAUGACGGUCCUACGGCAAGAUUUCAAGAAUUGCAUCUUUGAAAGACUGAUCCUUGCUUCAAAAAGGAGCGCGCAGCGUGAACGUAGCCUUGCUUGAGCUACAGAGCAUCAACGGGUGCAACCUUUGCUGAAUCUGACGAUAUCUUCGAGGCACCUCUCUCUGUGGGUUUGCAGGAGACCUGGGUACGCAUUUGUGUCAGCAGCUUCGGUCCGGACUGGCCUAGCUUAGGAUCGCGCUCACCGUGGUAUCCGUCCUUGUACACUACGAUUUCCGUGUCUGGAAGACAUCGCCUCACCAAUUCCGGCCCUUCGUCAAUAGGAUUCACACUAUCCUUAUCCCCUUGCAGGAUCAGGAUCGACAACGGCUUCUCCGGGUCGUGAAGACUCUUCAUCAAGUCUGAAAGGUCUCUUUCCAAGAAAGCCUGGACUGUCCUCUCGAUGGCGAUCGGAUCACUUUCCUCUGCCAUGUGUUCGUAUCUUUUCAUUUCCGUGUCCGAUAGCUUGUCUGGGCCGAAGAUAAAUGGCAACCCGGUCCUCAGCCAGCCCAGCUUGUCUCGGCGGAGGCUGGAGAGGAUGUUAUCCCAGAACUCUCGCGGAGGGCCAUUGGGUUUCUCUGCGGUGCGCAAGGGAAUCGGCAAGGAGGUCGCGACGAAGAUCAAGCCCUUGCAGCUGUUUCUGGCCUCUGUGCUGGCCGAGAGAGCCAUGAGCAGCUCGCCGCAUCCCAAGCUAGAGCCAACGCCGAUGAACCCCGGUGACCCAGAGCUGGAAGAGGAGACCCCAAGGGCAGUGUCGAGAAUCUGCACAAGAUCGCUGGCGAAAGUGUCAUAGUCAAUUCUCUCCGCCUUCGAAGUAUCAGGGCCACUCCAUUCACUCUUGCCAUAACCGCGACGGUCCGGGGCGAUGCAGCGGAAGCGGUAAGUCUCGACCAGCGGGACGAGGACGUGAUCCCACAUCUUAGAAGAGAAUGGCCAGGCAGAAGUCAAUACCAGGACGGGUUUCUUCCGGUCGUCGGGGUCGGGCGGCGAUUGUGGCGCGAAGGCUGCAGGUGAUGAGGCCGGAACAUAGUCACGGUAGAAGAGGCGGGCGCCAUCAUGAUUGCUUGUGAUGUAUGGCAUAUUUUCGUGUUCCGACCGGAUUUCAAAUGUUGGGAAGAUAUAGCACUUUGAUUGUCUGCUAGAAAAUAUGUACUUGAC